AUCUUUCAAAGAUAUUGAUAAAAACUCCAAGGAUUGCAUUAUGGUUAUGCUGUUGAACACCGUCUUAAAGCCGACGUCGAGAAUUACAAUAAAAAAUCAGGCAAGUACAUCCGUUAAAAAAACAACUAUCAGUGAUGCAAUAAAUAGUUGCAUAGUGCAUAUUCAUACACUCAAUGACCUACAAAGAACACGCGAGGAAAAACUUAAAUUUUAUAUGGAAACAAAAGGGACAAUCCAACCAUAUAUGAUCGUAAUUGGUGAGGAUAUAACUAAGUUGGCUGAGUUUUAUGUAGUAAUUGGAGAAUCAAUUUUAAAAUUUACAUCUUUUAUUGCUGCUUUCGACAUUUGCUUUAAGGCGUUUCACGUUUUUGAAUUGUGCUAUCCAAAGGAGUCUCAGUUGCUUUGGCUUUUUGUUCAAAAAUUUAUUUUUAAAAUUAAAACAGUUCAUGAUUUUAAAAGUUCAGUAUUAAGUGAAUUUUUAGAAACCUUUAAAAAUUAUUAAAAUGUUAUGUUUCAAAUGUCUAUUUGAUUUCGAGACGUUGGCAGGCCUUGUUACACAUUUUAGAUUAAUUCAUGGGUUAAAUUCAACAGAUAUUUAUUCAUGUAUAUAUGACAAUUGCAAUCAAUUAUUUUCAAACUUAUCAGCUUUUAAAAAACAUACAAAAACAAUUCAUUUAAAAAUUAAAAAUCCAGUUAAACUCCCAACUUUAAAUUCAAUCAAUCAUUCUCAUUAUGUUUUAGAAACCGUAGAAGGCAAUAGUGAGCCAAUAAUUGCACCGUCAACAUCAUCUGUGCAAUCUCACAUAAGCUUUUCUCCAAUUAUUCCUGAGUAUUCAUCUCUUAAAAAAUCAAUAUCUUCUUGCUGUGAAGAAUUUUCCUUAAAUUUGCACACAAACAAUAAUUUUACCAGGAAAGAUGUUAUUCAAAUACAGGAAGGCAUUACUAAAAUUACUUUAAAUAUAAUCAAUAGUAUUAAAACUAAGAUUAUGAAUUAUAUUCCAGACAAAGAAAUGGAUGAUCUUAUAGAGUUUUUCGAUUUUUGUGGAGAACCGUUUUCAGAUAUGAAAUCUGAGUAUAAACUUUUCCAGCGAAUUCUGGAUUCUAACAAAUUUGCAAAACCCCAAAUGUUUACUAUCAAUAACGAAGUAUCUGAAAUAAUCUUACAGGGAAAACCAACACUAGAUGCAAGUAAUGUACAAGGUUGUAUAAUGCCAAUUGAAUUUCAGUUUCGUAAGUUUUUUGAGCUUCCUGGUGUUUUGAAUCAAACACUUAACAAUUUAAAUUUAUUAUUAGCUGAAAGUGAUAUAACACAUUUAGUGAAUUCAUCUUGUUUCAAAAAUACGGCUGUUAUCUAUGCUGGUAAAACUAUUAUACCAUUUUUCUUAUACUUGGAUGAUUUUGAGAUAAAUAACCCAUUAGGUAGCCAUGCUACUGUCGAUUCAAUUUGUGGUGUAUAUUACAGUUUCCCUACGUUACCCCAACAUCUUCUCUCGAAUUUAAAAUAUAUUUUUGUAGCAGCUUAUUUUAAGACUAAAGAAAAAAAAUAUACGGCAAUGAUCCAUUUCUUCGGCCUUUGA